AUGGAAACCAAAAUAAGCUCACUCAAGUAUAAUUUUUCAGAAAACACAGAGGCACUCAAUAACAAUGAAAUAUACCAGCAAUUUGACCAAAAACUGGAAUCCGGCAUUUUUGACCCAUUAUCCACAAACUUAAUUACUUCAACAGAGAAGCUAAUAUCUAAAAUCAAUGAAAUCCAAACAAAAAAUCCACUGCAGCCUAUUAUUAAUAUUCAGCAACAAAAAAUAUUAACAGAAUUUAUAUCCUAUUUUAAAAAUGAUAAUGAAGAGGAUAAUAAUAAAAAUGGAUAUUUGAUAUCAUCGUUAUUUUGCUGCAUUUCAGAAUUAUUACUGAUUCCUGCUCUUACCUUUCAUAUCGCAAAUUUCUUUCGACCAUUAUUAAUUGAUUUGGUUGCGAGAUGGCUAUUACUACCACAAAAUAAUUACAAUAGUAUUCAUAAUAAAAGUGCCGAAAUAUUCGAUGCUUCGUUUGACCCUGCAAAUGAUAAUAGUUUAAUGUCUAGAGUUGAAUGCGUCGCACAUUCCUUUGGUCUUUUAUUACCGAUUGCGCCUCAAUUAAAAAGUUUGGCAGUUUCUUUCUUUACGUGUUCACCAUCAUUAUUUGAGAGGUUUAAUUUCUACGAAUCAAAUAUUAAAAGUGGAACAUCCACAAAAUACCUGCAAGAUCUUUUAAUAACUUCCUUUCGGCUAUUAAAUUUUUCAAAGGACACGUUUUCACAAUUAUGGGAUUGGUCGCCUCUAUAUAAAUUAUUAUCUCAUUCAAAUCUUUCGAUUCGAUAUCUGACGAUAUGUUGUCUAAGUCAUGUACUUAAUAUGAGUGAUAGUCAAAGGCAUCAAGCUUUUGAACGAUGGGUUGAAGAUUCGGAAAAUAACGAAAAAAUGUUAGUGGAAUGGGAAAACGGACGAAUGUUAGAUCUUGGAAUGUUGACAUUAAUAGAACAAGAAAAUAUUGCAUCGGCGCAAUUAUCUUUAUUUAAUAAUGAAUUUAAUCAUCAAGAAGAUCUACAAAAAGAUAAUAAAUAUCGAUUCUUUAUGGAAUCUAAUUUAUCUUCAAAUAUCAUUAAUCUUUGUGGAGUUUUACUCCCAAAGUUUCAUCAUAAUAACGCGUCGUCUGUUAAUAAUUCAUCAAAGGAAUUACAAAGACUUGUUAUGACAAAGACUACGCAGCGUAAUAUCAAUUCAAUCGCUUUAGCUAUUUCUAUUGGUGCUCCUGUUUUGCUUGAAGGAAUAAUAGCCCUUCUUCGAAUACAUAUUGGAGACCAAACUGACUCAAAAAUAUUACUUGGCACCUAUGUUUCUACGUCUACGCCGGCUUCUUUCAGAUGGCAGCCGGGCGUAUUAACGACAGCAGUACGCGAGGGUCGAUGGAUUCUAAUAGAAGAUAUCGAUCUCGCCCCAUCUGAAGUCAUUUCAGUGUUAAUUCCAUUACUAGAAACACGUCAACUUUUUAUUCCUAGCAGAGGCGAAGUAAUCAAGGCAAAAGAAGGUUUUCAAAUAUUCGCCACUAAAAGUUUGCUGCCAGAGAAAUCCAAUCUAUACGAAAAGGAUAGUCGAUCGAUAAAAUAUUCUAAUAGCAAUAGCAACAAUAUUAUGGGUUAUAAUCUCUGGACAAAAAUGAAAAUCGAUAAUCUUGAUUUUGAGGAAUUAGUUCAUAUAAUUAAUAUUCGAUUCCCUAAUUUACAAGAAUUAUCGUCCAGUAUAAUACACGUGUUUAAAUCUAUCACUUUAUUAUACGAAAAGUUUAAUUCUUCUGGAAUGAGAUCAUCGUCGGCUAUUAGGUUUAUUUCAACGCGUGAUUUAAUGAAAUGGUGCUAUAGAAUUAGCAUCUUAAUAGGAAACAGGUCAGAACUUAUCACGUCCGAAGGACUUGAUCAAAAAACCCGUGAGGAUCUUUUCAGUGAAGCGGCAGAUUGCUUCUGUGGAAUGAUUUCUGACUAUGAAGAUUGGAUAAAAGCAUUAGAAUAUGUCGGUGAGGCAUUACUGAUACCAAAAGAGCGUAUACAUUCAUAUGUGAACGCGUAUAUUCCAACAUUGGAUAUCAGUAAAUACCUGAUUACAAUUGGUCGUGCAAAUUUAAAACCUUUUGGCAAUAAUAAUAAAAAGAAUCAAUUACUAUUAUCAAAAUCAAAAAAAGGAAAAAGGACAAUUUUUGCAAACACAUCACACGCAUUAAGAUUACUUGAAAAAAUAGCAGUAUGCGUGUAUUUAUGUGAACCAAUUCUUUUGGUGGGUGAAACGGGCACAGGUAAAACUACCGUAAUACAACAUUUAGCUGAUUUAUUGCAGCAAAAUCUCGUGGUGGUUAACCUAUCACAACAAAGUGAUAGUAGUGAUUUACUCGGAGGAUUUAAACCGGUCGAUGCCAAAGUUCUUGCGACACCCUUAAAGGAAGAAUUUGAUGUUCUUUUUGAAAGAACAUUCUCUAUUAAACGAAAUCCAAAAUUUUUGGAUAUGGUGAGAAAAAUGUAUGUCACAAGAAAAUUUGAGAAAUUUGCUACCUUAUUAAUGCAGGCUGUUGAAAUGGCUGAGAAACGAUUUAAUAAUGAAUUUGAUCGGGAAGAGAAUAGCAACAAUAAAUCUUCGAAGUCAGCGAGUCCAGAAUUAAGACAACGAUGGAAAAAUCUCGCUGAUUCGGUGAAUAAAUUUCAAUACCAGCAUACACAGAUUCGAGGAAAAUUAAUGUUUAAUUUUGUUGAAGGAACAUUGGUCAAGGCUGUCAUUAACGGCGAUUGGAUUCUAUUGGAUGAGAUUAAUUUGGCAUCAACAGAAACACUUGAAUGUCUCAGCGGAUUGUUACAGGACUCUCAAGGUUCAAUCUUAUUAACGGAAAAAGGGGAUACUGAAGUGAUAAAGCGUCAUCCUAAUUUUCGGAUAUUCGCUUGUAUGAAUCCUGCAACUGAUGUGGGAAAACGAGAUUUACCACCUGCUUUACGUAAUCGUUUUACUGAAUUUUACGUCCACCCUCCUGAUACAAAUCAAGAGGAUUUACUUGCAUUUGUUAAACAAUAUCUCAUGGGAUGCUUACAUGGUGAUGAACAUGCUCCUAUGGAUAUUAUCGAAUUUUAUUUGACAGCUAAAAAUUUAUUAACGGAGCACAAACUUGCGGAUGGUGCUAACCAACGACCACAUUUUAGCAUGAGAACGCUUGCUCGUGCUUUAAUCUACGUCAAACAAAUCAUGCCAAUUUAUGGAUUUCGACGUUCAAUCUAUGAAGGAUUCUGUAUGACCUUUUUGACACAAUUGAAUCAAGAAAGUGAAAUAAUUAUGCGUGGGUUGAUUGAAAAAUUCUUACUAAGGGGAGUUAAAAAUCCACAUGAAUUGAUUUCUCGAAUUCCGCGUGAACCUCCCAACGAUCUAAAUGGAAAAUAUAUUCAAUUUGGAUAUUUUUGGCUUGAACGUGGAAGUUAUCCAAUUGAAGAAAUGCCACAUUAUAUAUUGACAAAAUCAGUAAAAGAAAAAUUAAAUAGCCUGGCAAGAGUGAUUAGCAGUAAAAAAUUUCCGGUAUUAAUUCAAGGACCAACUUCUGCUGGGAAAACUAGUAUGAUUGAAUAUUUGGCGAAAAGAACCGGUCAUCGAUUUGUACGGAUAAAUAAUCAUGAACAUACAGACUUGCAAGAGUAUCUCGGAACUUAUGUUUCCAAUAGUGAAGGAAAAUUAGAAUUUCAAGAAGGUGUUCUAGUUGAAGCGCUAAAGAAUGGAUAUUGGAUAGUUCUCGAUGAAUUAAAUUUAGCCCCUUCGGACGUUCUUGAAGCGUUAAACAGACUUCUCGACGACAACAGGGAACUAAUGAUUCCAGAGACUCAGCAAAUUAUUGAACCUCACAAAGAUUUUAUGUUAUUCGCUACACAAAAUCCUCCGGGAUUAUAUGGUGGACGAAAAGUUUUGUCGCGUGCGUUUCGUAAUCGAUUUCUGGAACUUCAUUUCGAUGAUAUACCCGAUGAGGAAUUGGAAACUAUUCUUUCAGAGAGAUGUAGAAUCGCUCCUUCAUAUGGUAAAAAACUUGUUCAAGUAUAUAAACAAUUGAUGGAGAAGCGACAAGGAACAAGGAUUUUCGAACAAAAGCAUGGCUAUAUUACUUUAAGAGAUUUAUUUCGCUGGGCUGAAAGAGGCGCUGUCGGUUAUCAGGAACUAGCUGAACACGGUUAUAUGUUAUUAGCUGAAAGAAUACGAAAGCCAGACGAGAAACUUCUUGUUAAAAAUGUUUUAGAAACAGUCAUGAAAGUAAAGAUUAAUGAGGAAUUAUUAUAUGAUUGUACUAAUCUGAAUGAAUAUCAACAAUACUUGAACUCGAUCAGACAACUUGGUAAAAAUGAUAUAGUAUGGACGAAAUCAAUGAAGAGAUUAUUCACACUUGUGUCUCAUUGUCUAAGAUUCAAUGAGCCUGUUUUGUUAAUUGGCGAAACCGGAUGUGGCAAAACGACGGUAUGUCAAAUGAUUGCGCAAGCGAAAAAUAAGGCGAUACACAUUGUAAAUUGCCAUCAAAAUACUGAAACUUCGGAUUUACUUGGGGGUCAGAGGCCCGUGAGAAAUAAAGCGAAUUCUAAUGCAGAACUCAAAAAUGAUUUAAUUGCAUUUCUGAGAACGCAUCUGUUGUCAGAAGAAAAUAGUACAAAUGAUACAGAAUUAGAUCAGUUAAUCUUUUUGUUUGAAAAUGGCAUAAAAGGGAAUAAAGUUAUGCAGCAUAAUCAUAAUGAAACUAUAUCGUCACUACAAACAAGAUGUCAACAAGCCCGAGCAUUAUUUCAGUGGUAUGACGGAGCAUUGAUUAAAGCCAUGAGAAAAGGCGAAUUCUUUCUAUUGGAUGAGAUUUCUUUAGCGGAUGAUUCAGUAGUAGAGCGAUUAAAUAGUGUGCUCGAAUCGAAUCGAUUACUCGUAUUACCAGAAAAAGGUGGUCUAUACGUCGAAGAAUUAAAUGCUCAUGAUGAAUUUCAAUUUCUUGCUACGAUGAAUCCUGGAGGUGAUUACGGCAAGAAAGAAUUAUCACCCGCUUUAAGAAAUCGGUUCACUGAAAUAUGGGUUCCUCCCGUAACUGACCGCGAGGAUUUAUUGAAAAUUAUUACCACACAAUUCAAUAAUUCAAGUUUACUUAGAUACGGAGAACGUAUCCUCACGUUUAUUGAAUGGUAUUAUUCUCAGUCCGUUGUAAAGACCCGGGAAAUAUUGAGUUUAAGGGAUAUUUUGACUUGGGUUUCUUUUAUGAAUAUUACCACUUUGAAUGAAAAAUUCAAACCAUCCGUCGCGUUUAAACAAGGUGGAUGUUUGGUGUUGUUGGAUAGAAUUGGAUCAGAUUUAGCAGUUUCAGAUGUAUUAUAUAAAGAAUUUCGUGAUAAAUGCAUCAAAAAGUUAUCACAACUUGUGGAAGAUGAUGGUGAAAUUGUAGAUAACUUUGAAAAUCAAAUUAUUUCAACUUCGACCCAUUUUGGCAUUAACCCUUUUUAUAUUGAAAGAGGUUCUUUAAGUAGUGAUUACGAUACGGUUAAGUUUCAGUUGCAAGCUCCAACAACAUUUGACAAUGUUUUUCGAGUGCUGCGUGCAAUGCUACUCAAAAAGCCAAUUUUACUUGAGGGUAGUCCAGGGGUUGGGAAAACUAGCUUAAUUUCAGCUUUGGCAGCUUCAUCUGGUCAUCGACUUAUCCGCAUUAACCUUUCAGAGCAAACGGAUUUAAUGGAUCUAUUUGGUUCUGAUUUGCCAGUUGAAGGAGGCCAUGGCGGUGAAUUUGCAUGGCGAGAUGCUCCCUUUUUGCAGGCGAUGCGAGCUGGAGAUUGGGUAUUACUGGAUGAAUUGAAUCUUGCAUCGCAAUCAGUACUUGAAGGUCUAAAUUCUUGUUUAGACCAUCGUGGUUCAGUCUAUAUACCCGAACUAGACCGGGAAUUUAGCUGUGCUAACGAAUUUCGAGUAUUUGGUGCUCAAAACCCAUUUCAACAAGGAGGUGGACGAAAAGGGUUACCAAAAUCAUUCGUUAAUCGAUUCAUCAAGGUUUACCUCGAACAGCUCACGAAAGAAGACAUGAUCUAUAUAUCACAAAGUUUAUUCUCUGAAAUUGAUUUGUCAGCCCUGUCUCGAAUGAUAGAGUUCAAUACACGUAUCUAUGAAAGUACUAUGAUUUCUUGUGAGUUUGCUCAUCGAGGAAGUCCUUGGGAGUUUAAUCUUCGUGACGUAAUUCGCUGGUUAGAGCUUAUGCGAAAAGAUUCUGGAUUGGAUUUUAAAGCUAAACCUAGCAAUUACUUGGAUUUACUUUAUUUGCAAAGAAUGAGAACCGCUGAAGACAGAGACCAUGUUAUUUCAUUAUACAAUCAAAUUUUUGACUUGGAAAAAUACGAACAACCAAAACAACCUAGUUUUCAUAUUGAUAUCAAUUACCUGCAAAUCGGAAAUUCUAUUCUUCCAAGAAAAAUUUCUCGUAUGAAUAGCAAAAGUUUAGAACAUCAAUUGCAUUUACUGCAAUCAGAUUUACGACCUUUACAGGCAAUCAUGAAGUGUGUAGAGAUGAAUUGGAUGGUUAUCUUGAAUGGUCCUGAAGCUUCCGGCAAGACAUCCAUGAUUCGAUUACUGGCUCAAUUAACCGAUAACCAAUUGGAAGAAUAUGCAAUGAAUAGUGGCGUGGAUACUAUUGAAUUAUUGGGCGGAUUUGAACAAUUGGAUUUGGCAAGGCAUCGUCGUUCUUUUUUAGAAGAAUUAAAUGAAUUGUCAUAUAAACUUAUUAAAAGUUUAUUAUUACUAAGAGAAUCCGUGUCGUCGCCUUUUUCAAUGACUAUGGAUGGGCAAAAACAACAGGUUUUACAUACUAUCGGUCAACUGAAUGAUUUAUUAUUCACCUUAGAAAAUCAAUAUAAAUUAAGUUCGGAUCAAAGACAGACUAUUGAUUUUGGGAUAAUCGAUCGAAUUCUCGAAAUUGUUGGUCAGAGUAUAGCAAAUUUCGAAUUAUUCGAAUUCAAUUCAUAUUAUUCAAAAGUAUCUCAAAGAAUAAUGACGUUGAAACAAUUAGAAAAUGAGUCAGUUUCUGGACGCUUUGAAUGGAUUGACGGAGUGUUAAUCAAUGCUCUAGAAAAUGGCCAUUGGCUUCUAAUCGAUAAUGCGAAUCUUUGCAAUCCAUCCGUACUAGAUCGCUUGAAUCCCGUAAUAGAACCCAACGGGUUUUUGUUAUUGAAUGAACGAGGGCAAGUGGAUGAUAACGGCAACCUGAAAAUCAUACGACCACACAAAAAUUUUAGAUUAUUCAUGACUGUUGAUCCACGAAAUGGUGAAUUAUCACGCGCCAUGCGGAAUCGUGGGGUUGAAGUAUCUUUGUUGAAUGCUGAUUGGUCAAAAAAUCCACGAGAUUUGAUUAAACUGACUAACGGAAUUGGUUUUCGUGGAGAAAAAUUACCAUUGCUCGUUGGAGCAAUUCAUAAAGAAAUGGAAAGUAUCUCAAAAAAUCUUAGUCCAAGAAAUUAUUUGAAAUUUGUUCAAAUUAUGCUCGAGAGAUUGCAACGCGGCGAUGGAUUGAAACCUGCUUUACAGAACACUUUAAAACAAAUUUAUGAUUCAUUGGAAUAUGAAAAAGAUUAUGUUCAUCUUGAAAAAUUCGAUAUAGACCAGGUGUUAUCUAAGGAGGCAACUUUGAUCAAUUCGUUGUCUUCUACCAAUUGUCCCUUAUUUAUUGGCGGAAAUAUAUUCAGAGAAGAAUCAACUAUUGGAAGGAUCUUACUUCAUGGCGCGUAUCUUUAUUGUUUAGUGCAGAAACAUCAUCUUGGUAUUAAUGAUAACUUUGAUAGUAAUAUGAUUGGGCAUUUUGCGAGUCAACAUCUCCUGGAAAAUAUAUCUACAAAAGACUAUAAUAUGUGCACACGUUUGUUAAAUUAUUUAUCAUCAAAUAUGAAAUCUAAUAUUGUGCCAGAAUGUGGUUUUAUAAAGAUGCACCAUUUCCUACUUGAGAAUCUAUUUCAACACCCUGUGGCUGCACAAAUUGCCGAGCACAAACGUCAGUUAGCCAAAAUAGUAAACUUGGACGAGAGAUUUAUUGCAAAUCAGCCACUUGACAUAACAAAUAAUCCGGAUCUGGUAAAAGUAUUUGUUAACGGGAUGGAAAAUAACGAAAGAAUCCGUACACUGUGGAAUAUGUAUUUGAUUAAAAUUAAAGAACUUGAACUAUUAACACGCGUAAAACGUGACGAAUAUAUUGAGAAUAUCAAUUAUCAGCAUGCAGCUCGUCAAAAUACCUCGCGAUUGUCUAUAGUUCAACAAUCCUAUAUGUAUCAAAUUGAGAAACAACAACAGCAAUUACCAGUGAAUUAUAAUAGUAAUGAAAAGAAAUUAGAACACCCAGUGAUGGUUGCUAUUUACCCAUUUUUUGAGGGGUCUAGAAGAUUGAUAGGUGAUUUGCUGGAGAACGGAGGCUUUUAUAACACUGAGAUGUUUUUAUUCAUCCACAAAUUCUUGGACUAUCAUGAAUUCUUUUGGCGACAAUGUACUUCCACUACCAAACUUAAUCUCGGAAAUAUUAAAAACUGCCUCGACUUUAUGUACCAACUCUCCAAAGACUUGCUUCAAACAUUUGGCGGUGAUGGUGAGAAAUCAGUUCUUCCACUUUUGGACCUGGUAGAUACGCUACGAAAAGAGGUUAAUGUGAACACGGGAAUAUCGACAAAUUUGCUGUGGAAAAGAUUUCAUCCGGUCAUGAUGUCUAAGAUGGAGUUUUAUGAUUUGGAACAAGAAUUGCGUGGUGUUGGCGUGGAUUUGUUUGAUUUUUAUGAUGAGAAUAAACAAGAUGAUCCAAAAUUAAUGAUGUCGAAUAUGGCCGGCGUGUUUUUAGAUUCGAAAAAAAUGUUGAUUGACGCUAUUGUCACUUUAUAUUUCAUUGACGAGAAUUAUCAUUCAGUUCCUGAAUCGCGUAAAUUAUUUGUUUCCAUUCAAAAAACUCCAUCUCAUAUACGCAACCAAAUAGAAAAACAACUAAAAGCCUCAUCAUCAUUAAUAAAUGUCAUUAAAACACACGAGCAACAACAGCAGUUGCUAAAACAAAAACAGCACCUUUAUUCCAUUUUUGAUUUCAUGAGUGUUGUGAAAGAGAUGCACAUACUCGCCAAACUUCAAUUUCUUGGAUCAUUUGAAGAUCCAAAGCUUGAUAAGGAUAAAUUAUACCCGAUACUUGAGGAACUUAACAAGCUUCUCGAAUUCUCAAUACAAAAGUCCACGAGAUCUCCGCUAGAUUUCGUUCCUCAUCAACGAUUACUGUGGAUUUAUGGCCGAGAUUCAAACGAAAUACUUUGUGGAUGGCAAGCUCGAUUAUGGCAAACUAGUUUCAACGAGUAUUUCUCGGUGGAAAAUGGAGAUAGAAGUUUUUCAUCGUCAUCAUCGUCGAUCGAUUUUAUCAAUAACGAUGUCGUAGCUGAAAUGCCUUGCUACAUUAAUAAAUGCCAAAUUGAUCUCUCUUGUUUAAUUUUUCAGUUAGUUCAGAUUUUAUUAACGCAUCGUGAAAAAUUUGAUGCCGAGACAUUUCACAAUCUAUCUGAGUCGCUUGAUAAUUUGACGCGUAGCACAGUACCAACAUUGUUUCCUAAAAUAAACAGCAAUAAUAUAAUCCAUCACGUUAAUGACGACGAUAAAUACAUCAAUUAUAUGCAUUCAUUAUUGGUUGAAAUGUCACCAGUUACUUUACCAUCGCUUCAAAUGACAGAAAAAAUUCUCAAAGAAACUAAUGGCGUUGAUUCGAAAUUCCACGAAAUAAUAAAUUCGUAUUUUAUCCCAGCUAUUCAAUUAAUUCAACAGAUAAUUGAAGAAAUUUCUCCCCAGAUAGAUGAAGUUACAGUCAAUACAGAUAAUAACUUGAAUAUUCUCAUGGGAAAAUCGUGGACACUAUUGUCUCUCGGCUUUAUUGCUUUAUACAUUCCAAAUUAUCCGGUCGAUCCAACCUCAGAAUCUCGUUUAACCCACGAAUUUCUCGACAAUAAACGGCUUAACUUAGAAACUGAGAUUCAAGUUCGUGAAAACAUACAACAAUACCUCACUGGAGAAUCAACAAAUUCUAUUGUCGAUAAUCGAAGAAAAGAAUUGGAGAAUGUCGCUCAAGAGUUGAAAUUGGCUGAAAUAAACAUGACAUUACGACCAAAACAAUCUGAUCAUGUACUUAUCGACCUGUUCAAGGAUAUCCGUUAUCUAUGUGAUAAUGUGAUUGACGUGAGACACAUGGAUGAGCUUUUAAUGAACCUCGAGAAACCAAUCUACAACAAUGAUUUAUCGAUAUAUCAACGAGAAGCUUUAUUCCAAAGUAAAACUUUUCAGUUUAUCAAUCGACUUUCGAAAAAUUUUCCCCUUUUCCGAGAUAUCACACAUCCAUUAAUUACCUCAAUCUAUCAGUUGAAAUACGGAGUACGAGUAAUCGCUGCACACUCGAGCAUUUUUUCAAAUGUUCACGAUGGUCACGAUAACAAUCUUCAUCACAAUGAGAAAAAUAACACAAAUUUCGUGUAUUCUAUUCUGAUGGCCUUAUUAAAGAUUUCAAGAACUAUGAGCAACUCCACAAAAAUUUUCAAUCAUUCCAUCGAAAAACUCUGUUCGCAAGAAACAAUGACUCGUCUAAAACGAUUAAUAUUUCAAAAUUAUUCUUCCCCAAUGAACUCUGAACAAUAUCUUCAAUACCUCAUCACCGUUCUCAAAUGUGUAUAUUAUCGUGUGGUUUCGCGUGGACAGUUUUUCGUUGACAAAGAUUUGGAAAUUAUUGACAAAUUGUAUUCUGAAAUUGCGAGCGUGUAUUCUGCUGCGCAAGAUUGUCAACGUAAAAAAACAGAAGAGACUGAAAAAUUAUAUAAGCAAAAGGCUAAAACUCAGUCCGCUAUUUUUAGAGACGAUGAUGACCAUUCAAUUAUCGAGUAUGAGGUCAAAAAAUUGUUUCCUGAUUUCAAUAGAGAAUAUCGUGAGUUUCAAGAAAGUGAAAAUGCUGAUAAUGAUGAUGAAGAAAAUUCUAAUAGCGAAUCAUUGGAAUAUGAUGACGAAGAAAUAAUGAUUACGCGGUUUAAUGCCACUAUAGAUAAUUCCGAUCGAAUGAACUUAUCGAAAAGUAUAUUUUGGUCCACCUUCAGGAUGGCAAGAGAUAUUUUCACCUUAUCGCAUAGACUUUUCCCUGAGAAUUUGGACUUUGAGAUGCAAUCAACGCAAAUGCUCGGCACAUUCAUUCUUAAAGACUGGUUAUCGAAUGGUAACCAACAAGAUUUUCAGAUGGUAUUCGAUAACUACAUUAACAAUAAGAAUGAACGGGUUUAUGAUUUCUAUCGAGAUCCAAAUUUAAAUGAAGCAAAAAAAAUAAAUCCCAUCCUAUCAGAAUUUCAAACAAGAAUAAAAAAUUUACUUGAAGAAUGGCCGGACCAUGCCGUCCUACUACAACUUUACGAGAUCAGCAUACGAAUCCAAAGUUUUGUUUUGAAUUCACCAAUUGCCAAAUUCUUGACAGGUCUUGAACUGCUCUUACAAAAAUCCGCAGAAUGGGAAGCUUACGCGAGUAGUCGAGUCUCGCUUCAAAUUCAACUCGAUCAAAUUACCAGUCUUAUUAUUGCUUGGCGACAAUUAGAGUUGAAUUGCUGGCCAAAUUUGUUGGCUGCUCAAGAUAAAUAUUAUGCUGAAUCUGUAUAUCAAUGGUGGUUUCAUCUUUACAAUUGUGUUGUUUCUCCCGCAAUUGGUAGAUUCGAAUGUCAAGUUUUUGCGAAAGAAGAGAUUACAAAGCAUAUUACGCAAAUUGUUGAGACGCUUGAUCAGUUUUUACAGUCUUCGAAAUUGGGAGAUUUCCAGGCUCGACUUGAUUUAAUUCAUUCUUUUUAUUUACACUUGUGUGUAAAUAUUGAAUUCCAAAAAGCGUUACAGAAGAGAGAUGAUCAAGAAGCAGCAACUACCAUUUCGAGUUACUAUAAUCAAGCAGCCGACGCCUUGUAUAAUGUCUACAAAUAUUAUUCACAAUUUUUAACUCAACAUGGUAAAAGCUUGGAAGAAAUGCGUAAGCCAAUCGAAAAAGAUCUAAAAGACUUUGUCAAACUCGCAAGUUGGAAAGAUGUCAACAUUUACGCAUUGAAAAAGAGUGCAGAAAAGACCCAUCGACAUCUAAGUAAAUGCAUUCGAAAGUAUAAGCAAGUUUUGGAUAAACCUAUUACCGAAAUUAUCGUCACAUAUCAAUCUAGUUCGUCAUCCGACAAUACCAUCUCGAUAAUAAAAUCUCCAGAAUUCUCUUCCGAUCAAGAAAAUUGGGUUUCUAACCUCUUGCCUGUUGACCAACCACCUCCACAGAUUCAGGAAUUGUUAAGUCGGUUGGAUAGUAAACGCGUUUCAGCAACACCUGAAAGAUUUACAAAUGUUAAUCAAACUCUUGAGAAACUUUAUUCUUAUUGCAUCAAUGAUAUAUUUGUAAAACGUCCAUCUUGUCAAGGAACUCUCGAUAAAUUUGCGACACAAAUUAUUUUACGAAUUAAAUCACUUCAAGAGGAGACGCCGGCUCUAAUGAAUGAUGAAAAUCAAAGUUCAGUGAAGGCUCUGAAGAUGAUCAAAAAGAAAGCUUUGGUUGAUCUUUUAAAAGAGCUGAAAAGACUUGGUCUCAAUCCUUUCAUUAAAAAUAAACGCGUUGAACAGCAACAAAAUUUGGUUGGUUAUUUGCUUCAACUUCCACGAUUAAAUUUUGAAAAGAUCAUGGAAUCAAAAAGAUGGAAAUCAACAAUCACAACUACUGCCAUUGUUCAUCAAGAAAUUCAGGAUUCUAUUGAAUCUUUGAGAAAAGCUGAUGAUUAUUAUUAUCGAAUUGUGGCUCGAAUGACGCAUCUACGAUAUGUGGCAAAUAAUCCGUCUCAUGAUUUGACCUCUCUAGAGAUCCAGAAAGGUCUUAGUUUCACUGAAGAUUUUUUACACUUGAUUAUUUUGGAAAGACUGACGUUACAUCAAAUCGAACAAAAAUUUAGUUAUAUUUUUGGAUCAGAAUCUCAGUUCGAAAGAAUUUAUACCUUGUAUCAUGCCACAUUCAACAAUAAUGAUGAGUCCAAGCUGUUUAUAUCUUUGAAUACAAUCGACGAAAAAGCAUUUUGUGCACACAAAGAAUUCUUGGAUGAUUUGGUUAACUUGUUAUCUUAUACCUGUUUGAUUCUUAAUAUUCAAAAAGAACUUGCUGACAGUGAGGAUGACGUGGGAUUAGUUGAUUCUCAACAUCAGAGUCGAUUGUCAAAUUGGCUUGAUCAGAUCAUUAAAGUUAGAGAAGACAUUCUCGUGAUUUAUAAUCAGGUCAUAUUAAAUCCAUCUUUCACCAAUGGACACAAAGCUUUCAUUACUGAAGAUAUAAUCAUCAAAAUUCAAAAUAAUAUGGAAACAAUAAACUUACUUUACGAUUUCGUCGAGAAUUUGUGCCAUCGUAUUCCUCAAUCGCGGCACUUCCUCUUAUCGAUUGUUAGCUGUAUCAGCUCGUAUAAGAGCGGAAAUCAUCACUCGAAUGAUGCAGUUUUACUUGAUGAUGAAAAUUUUGAUGAGAAUUCUUAUUUAAUCUUGGAUCUUUGUCAAAAGACCAACGAUUUAAUUGAUGCUGUGCUUUUAUCGGUUCAAAAUCUCUUGAAAAUGGAAAAAGUCAAAAAAGCAACAAGACAAGAGAAUCAAACAUUAAAUAAAAAUAAUAUCAAUGAUGAAAAUAGUGCACAAAUAAUUGAUGAAAUGCCUGAUCAGUUUAUUCGAUCUGAGCAUCAAACAUUCGUCAAAACAAUAACCCAGUUGAAUCUCAACGCCUUUAUAGAUAGCUGCGAUGCAAUUCACGAAAAACUAUCUAUAAUAGUUGACAGCCACCAUAUCAAUACCAAAAAAAAUCGACAUUUACUGACUUUUCUGAUUCAACGAAUAUUUCCAUUCAUAAAACAAUACAUUUUACUUAUACAAUACUAUCUAUCACAAUUUUUCAUUUAUCACAAAUCAAUAUGCAAACUUGCAUACGUGUUGAUAAAUUCAUUCACUACAAUCUUUACGAAAGGUUUUUGUAUGCCAGCUCAGGAGGGCGAAGCUUGUGAAGGUGCAGCUCAAGACGGAGUCCAAGGCACCGGGAUUGGAGAAGGUGAAGGAAGUAAAGACGUGAGUGAAGAGAUUGAGGAUGAAGAACAAGUAUUGGGUACCCAAGAUGGCAUUGAUAAUCAUGAAAAAUCAGAGAAAAGGAAAGACGAAGGAGAGAAAGGGAUCGAAAUGGAAAAAGAUUUCGAAGGUGAGCUAGAAGAUCUUGAUACACAAGAAAUGAGUGAGGAUGGCAAUGAUGAUGAUAAUGAAAGUCAGGAAUUAGAAUUAGAUGAACAAAUCGGAAAGCUUGAUGAUACUGAUCCUGAUGUUGUCGAUGAAAAGAUGUGGGGAGAUAAUUCUGCUGAAAGUGCUGAUGAUAGUCGGAAGACGAUUGAUCACGAACAAACGAAUGAUCAGGAUGGCGAAACUGAGAUUGUUGCUAAAGACAAUGAAGAUCAAGAUGAUGUGUCAAAGAAACAAAAAGACUUGCAACAAGAAACGAAUCGAGAUGUGGAUUUAAACUUGGAAGAACAGGAAAGAGAGUUUAAUGAAUCUGAACAGGACGAUGAGUACAAUAAUUAUGAACGAAAUGAACAAUCUCUAAUUGAAGUUCCAGAAGCUGAAACUCUAGAGCUACCAGAGGAUUUAAAGAUGGACGAAGAUGACGACAUUCUCAAUGAGCCAGAAGAUGAUCAAAUUCCGGAUGGAAACCUGGAUGAUUCCUUAGGUAAUAUGGAUAUCGAUGAACCAGAGAUGAAGGAGUCGGAAAAAAAUGUACAAGAAGAAAUUACUUCAGAGAGUGCGCUCGAUGAUUCUGCUAAAAUAAUACAAGAAGAUAAAGAUGAUCGAGAAAAACCUAAAGACAAAUUGGAUUUAUGUUCAAACAAUCUUGAAAAAUCAUCUACACAGAAAGAAAAUCGUACUCUGGAUUUUGAUGUUAAUAAUUCUGUGCAAAAUGAUGCUGAUCAACAAAUGGAUAUUACAAGCAACGAAUGUAAUCAAAAUACUCAAAUUAAUAAUAAAGAUAACGAAGAUGAAAAUAAAGAUGAUCGAGAAAAACCUAAAGACAAAUUGGAUCUAUAUCCAAACAAUCUCGAAAAAUCAUCUACACAGAAAGACAGUCGUACUCUGGAUUUUGAUGCUAAUAAUUCGGUGGAAAAUGAUGCUGAUCAACAAAUGGAUAUUACAAGUAACGAAUGUAAUCAAAAUACAACUCAAAUUAAUAAUGAAGGUGAAAGUAAAAAGCCAAAAGCUGAAGAAAAAAUCCAGGACAUUAAUCCCCAUCGUAGUUUAGGCGAUGCGAUGGAACAAUGGCGCAAACGACUCAAUAUUAUUGAUAUAGAUAAUUCCGUUACUGAGAAUCACGAAUCUGAGCAUGAAGAACAGCAAAAAGAAACAGAAAGUUACAUUAAUCAUCAAAAGAUGUUUGAAUAUCUGAAAGACGACGAAACAUCACACGAUACGCAGACAAUGGGCCCUGCUGCGGAGGAUCAAACUCGAGAAAUGGAUAUAACUGGCGCAAUAGAUGAUGAUGACGAAGAUAUGUAUCAGAAUUCUGAGGACGCGGUCGAAGAUGGAAUGGGAGGAGCUAUUCUAAACAAAAGAAAAAAAGAUUCAGGCACUCAUCAAAGUAAUGAUGAUCAUGAAGAGGAAGAAGCUGUUUCUCAAAAUAUGGACAUGUCUAAUAUAGUUCAUGCGCCAAUUCCUCAAGAACAAUUUGCUAGUAUGCGAGAUCACCUAGAAAUGAAAUUAUCAGAAUGGCGUGAAAAUGGUCGUGAUGUCGUUCAGGCUCGAGACCUCUGGCAAAAAUACGACAGUCUAACACACGAUCUUGCAAAUGGCCUUUGCGAACAACUUCGAUUAAUUCUCGAACCGACAAUGGCCACGCGACUUAAAGGUGAUUACAAAACGGGAAAACGGCUCAACAUGAAAAAAAUUAUUCCCUAUAUCGCCAGUGACUUUAAAAAAGACAAAAUUUGGCUUCGACGUACAAAACCAAGUAAACGACAGUAUCAAGUAAUGAUUGCAGUUGACGAUUCAAAAUCUAUGUGUGAAACUCACUCGAUACAACUUGCCUACGAAACUCUUGCUUUAAUUUCUAAAGCUUUAUCACAACUUGAAGUGGGUGCCAUCUCAAUUGUGAAUUUCGGCAAAGAUGUUCGUAUCUUGCAUCCUUUCGACCAACCAUUUACUGCGGACGCGGGUGCAAAAGUACUACAACAGUUUACCUUUGAACAGGAUAAAACACUCGUCAGGUCAUUAAUGGAUACUACGAUAGGCCUACUGAAACACGCAAGAGUCAAUAAUAUAGGUACAAAUGGUGGUGCAUCACGAAAUACCGAACUUUGGCAAUUACAAAUCAUAAUAUCUGAUGGUGUUUGUGAAGAUCACGCAAGUCUUAAAACGUUGGUCAGACAAGCGGCCGAAGCUCAAAUUAUGGUUAUCUUCAUUAUCGUGGACAAUAAACCAAAUGAGAAGGAUUCUAUUAUGUCCAUGAAUCAUGUUAAAUACAGUCAAGUUGAUGGGCGAAUGAUGCUUAGGAUGCAAAAAUAUUUAGACACUUUUCCAUUUGACUAUUAUGUAGUCUUGCGUGAUAUUAAUGCGUUGCCUGAGACUCUGGCAGAUGCAUUGAGACAAUAUUUUAGUGUAGUAGGAAAUUUAUAG